UUUUCCGCUGCCAAAUCGUCCUUCUCCUUAUCUUCUUUGGCUCUGUCCCUUCGGCCUUCCCCAACCCACCCGAGGCCGACGAGACCGACCCCUCAGCCCGUCGCCUCCGCUUCUGUGCUUUAUCCCAUCGUCUCCCUCUUCUCGCCGCCGCCCUCUCGAUCGAGACCAGCACAAGCUGCUCCACCGCGAGCUGCAAAUACUAACACUUCCCCGUCGCUUUCUCCCCGAUCACUUGCGAGCUUAGCCAGCAGAUAAAGCACGACCAGAGGCAGAGACCCAGACAAGAAGUGGGGAAGAAGAGGAGGUGGAAGCCCCAUUCCCCCACCCCCAAAGUUGAAGGUCUGUCUCUCUAAUGGUGCUCUCUUCUUCAACUCUGCAAUUGGGUCCGUGCAGUGCUUGCGGUUCUUCCCGGCUACUCACUGGGCUUGACCACAAUGGUCUGAAGGAGAAAGUCUUGGUUUCUUCAUCCAAACCCAGAAAUGGCUACAAGAAAUUUCGGGUCUUCUGUUCUUCUGCGUCGUCCUCUACAGACCCGCUCCUGGUGAAAGCCGCAAGAGGAGACCCCGUGAUUCGCCCUCCUGCUUGGAUGAUGAGACAGGCGGGAAGGUACAUGGCAGCCUACCAAAAGCUUGCCAAGAAGCACCCGUCCUUUAGGGAGAGGUCAGAGACCACUGAUCUCAUUGUGGAAAUCUCAUUGCAGCCCUGGGAGGCUUUUCGACCCGAUGGAGUUAUCCUUUUCUCGGAUAUACUCACCCCUCUACCUGCUUUUGGUGUCCCUUUCGACAUUGAAGAUGACAGGGGUCCAGUGAUUCAGUCGCCAAUUCGCUCCGAGGAAGGCCUGAACGCUUUGCAUCCUCUUGACCUGGGGAAGCUUCAAUUUGUUGGGGAGUCCCUCAGGAUUCUACGCAAAGAGAUCGAAGGGCAGGCUACUCUCUUAGGUUUUGUCGGGGCACCAUGGACAAUUGCGACAUACAUAGUAGAAGGGGGAACCACUCGGACGUAUAAGACCAUCAAGAGCAUGUGCCACACCGCUCCGCAUAUCUUAAGGGCUAUUCUGUCCCAUUUGGCUCAGGCCAUCUCUGAGUAUGUUAUCUUCCAAGUCGAGUCUGGGGCCCACUGCAUUCAGAUAUUUGACUCGUGGGGUGGGCAACUCCCACCCCAUGUGUGGGAACAGUGGUCAAAACCUUACAUUGAAGAGAUCGUAGGUGUGGUAAGGCAAAAAUGCCCUGGAACGCCGCUUGUGCUCUACAUCAACGGUAAUGGGGGCCUUCUAGAGCGGAUGAAAGGAACUGGAGUGGAUGUCAUCGGGCUCGACUGGACGAUUGAUAUGGCUGAUGCGAGAAGAAGACUAGGUCCUGGAGUCAGCGUGCAGGGAAAUGUGGACCCUGCAUGCUUGUUCUCACCUCUUCCUGCUCUGACCGACGAAAUUCACAGGGUUGUGAAAUGUGCGGGACAGACGGGGCACAUUCUUAACCUGGGGCACGGCGUCCUUGUUGGGACCCCAGAAGAAGCAGUGAAGCACUUCUUCGAUGUUACACGAAGCAUUAGAUUCGAUAUUCCUUCACAGGAUCGUGAAGCAGAGGAAACCCGAGUUGCAGCUUGAGAAUUGGAUCUUUUCUCCCCCUUUAAGCAAUAUAUAUAUUUUAGAUUUGUUUUGGAUGUAUUGGUUGAGCAUCUUCCUCGGCAAUGGUUUCGGCUUAAUUCGUUUCUUCUCUGAGUUCCGGCUUUAGUAUAAGUUUGGAGAUCGAAGCAUAGAGUAGUUUGUAACUUUCACCUGACCUUGUAUGUGCAAAAUUUUUUGGAAUGUACAAGAAGUAAUAAAAUCUCUGUUCUUCUGUUCA